AUGUCUGAAAAGGCGCUCGAGGAGAAUGUCGGGUCACCUGAAAUUUCCGGACUUGCACCCGAGCACCAUGACAAUAUGAACCGGCGGAAGAGUCUCGACAAUGUCAUCGUCAACGCGCAAAGAGCGACCGAGAAAGAACACAGGAUGAGCCUGUGGCAGGGCAUCAAGCUUUAUCCCAAGGCCGUCGGCUGGAGUAUCCUCAUCUCGACGUGCAUCUGUAUGGAAGGUUAUGAUGUGUGCUUGUUGAGCAAUUUCUACGCAUUCCCCCAAUUCCGCAGAAAGUACGGCGAGCAACUCUCCGAUGGCAGCUACCAGAUCCCGGCACCCUGGCAAGCAGGUCUCAGCAACGGCGCCAACGUCGGCGAAAUCAUCGGUCUCUUCAUCAACGGGAUUGUCUCGGAACGCUUUGGCUACCGCUACACCGUCAUGGUCUGUCUUACCUUGAUCAUCAUCUUCACGGCCGUGUUUUUCACCGCCCAGAAUGUGGAAACCUUGCAGGUGGCCGAGAUUCUGUGCGGUAUUCCCUGGGGAGUCUUCCAGACCCUGACCAUCACGUACGCGUCGGAAGUCUGUCCUGUUGCCCUGCGCGGCUAUCUCACCACAUAUGUGAACUUCUGCUGGGGCCUCGGCCAGGUCGUGGGCAUCGGCGUCAUCAAGUCGAUGCUCCCGCGGGACGACCAGUGGUCGUAUCGCAUCCCGUACGCGCUUCAAUGGAUGUGGCCCGUCCCACUCUUGGUCGGGAUCUUCCUCGCACCGGAAUCGCCGUGGUGGCUCGUGCGCAAGGGCCGGAUCCAGGAUGCGAAGAAGGCGCUCCUGCGCUUGACGUCGCUGAACCGCGAGACCGACUUUGACGCCGACGAGACGAUCGCCAUGAUGGUGCACACGACGGCCCUGGAAGAGAAGAUCACCCGCGGCGCCACCUACUGGGACUGUUUCAAGGGGUCUGACCUGCGGAGGACCGAGAUCGUGUGCAUGGUCUGGGCGAUCCAGAACCUAUCCGGCAACUCCUUCUCCGGCUACUCGACGUACUUCCUCGAGCAGGCCGGUCUGGCGACCAGCAAGUCCUACGACUUCGCGCUCGGCCAGUACGGCAUCAACAUGGGCGGCGUGUUCGGCGCGUGGUUUCUCAUGACGCUCGGCGUGGGCCGGCGGGCACUGUAUCUGUACGGCCUGUGCGGCCUGUGCACCAUGCUUUUCAUCAUGGGCUUUCUGGGCCUGGUGCCGGACUCGCACCGCGACGCCGCCGCGUUGGCCACGGGCUCCAUCAUGCUCGUGUGGGCGCUGUGCUACCAACUCACCGUCGGCACCGUGUGCUACUCGCUCGUGGCCGAGCUGUCGACCCGCCGGCUGCAGAUCAAGACGGUCGUGCUGGGCCGCAACCUGUACAACAUCGUCGGCAUCAUCUGCUCGGUGCUGACGCCCUACAUGCUCAACCCGGGCGAGUGGGACUGGGGCAACUACGCGGGCUUCUUCUGGGCGGCCAUCUGCUUCUGCUGCAUCAUCUACACGUAUUUCCGGGUCCCCGAGCCCGCGGGCCGCAGUUUCGCCGAGCUGGACCUGCUGUUCGAGCGGGGCGUGAGUGCGCGCAAGUUUGCGAGUACCAAAGUAGACGUCUUUGACGCCACGGUCGUGCAUGAGACGGUCGAGGGGACCGGCACGUUGAAGAACUACGAGGAGAAGAGAGGGAGUGUGUUGCAUGCGCGGUCUGGAGAGGAGGAUAUGCCGCCGAGGCAGCUGAUUUGA